AUGGAGACGAAGAGGGUUCGAUUGGUGUUCAAAAAUGACGAGAUUUUGAAAGAAACACAGAAAUCGGAUGGCUUGAAUCGAUGCUGGGUUUUGUUGAAACCCGAUCAACACAGGACAAUCGCCGAUAUCGCCUCUCACCUCCUCCAAGCUUUCCAGCUCCACCAGUCCUGUCCCCAUGGCCUUCUCCUCUCUAUGGACGGAUUUGUGUUGCCAACUUAUGAGUCAACUACCAUUUUGAAGGAUAAAGAUCUAAUCAGAGUAAGGAAGAGAGAGGAUGCUUUGUUUAUAGAAGGACAUAAUGCUGCUCAUUCAGUCAAGAAAUUGAAAGCUUUGGAAAAGCAAACUGUAAAUAGCAGUUUCUUGCUUUUGUCAAAUUUGGAGUUUGAGAAAGGAAAACAAGUUUGUGAGAGUGAUGACUCUGAAGAGAAAGAUGACCUGUUGGAAAAUGUGGAAAAUCCACCCGCUGUAAAUGCAGAUUCCAAGAGGCGAAAAAGAAAAGCAUCAGAGAAACUUCUGUGUUCCAUGAAGAAAAAACAACGUUCUGAGGCUCCUGAAACUGUUCUGAGCGACGGUCAUGUUGGAAAGAUUGAAAACCAUCAGCAGGAUGAAGUUCCUACAAGACAGAAGAGCCUUUCACAGGUGGAGAAGAAAUCUGAUUCUAACGACAAAGAAAAUGAGGAAAAGAAUCAGGAAAAUACUAAAUUAAGCGAUGACAAAGAUGAUUCUAUGCCCAGCACAAAAAGAAGUUUGGAGCUUCAAGAGAAUGGCAAAGAAAUCAAGGAUGCCAGCCAUGAAACUAAAAAGGUUCCAAGUAGAUGUGCUAGGAGGAAGCGUGCUAAAAGGCAAUGGUUGCGUGAAAUGGCUAAAAUUCAGAAGAAAAAUGCUACUUCUGAAUCAGAAAGUCUUAGAAAUUGGAAAGAGGAUCAAGCUAAAGCUGAAAGAAACAAGGCGGAUGGCCAACCAAGAGGAGUGGGACAUUGGAAAAAAGACCCUGCUAAAUCUGAACUAAAGGAGGUGGAUGGCCAAACGAAGGGACUGCUCAAUUGGAAGCAAUAUCCUGGAAGUAAGACGCCUAACAAUAUGGAAAAAUAUCAACAACAAAAUCAAAAUAUAAAUGCACAUGAACACUCAAAUAGAAAUGGUGAUACAUCUUGGCAUUCAAAUCAAUAUAGUGAUGAGGAGGCUGAAGCUGUUCCUGUUGUAGUAAGGCCGGGGCACAUCCGGUUUGGGAUUGUGGGGAAAGAACCAGCUGUGCCUAAAAGUCAAAUACCGGUGGAAAAAACCCAAUGGAAUGGAAUUACCAGCAAGAAGGGCCAAAAAUGGGGUACCACAAAAUGUUCAUUCACCCAAAGAAAUGAUUGUAAAGAUUCAAACAAAGAGUGUUCUGAAACACCGAAUAAUGAAAAAGAGACAUUGUCAUAUACAGGAAUUGACUUUGAUAACCUUCAGCCCCUUUGUAGCAUGCCCAAGGAAGGAGAUGUGAUUGCAUAUCGAACUCUGGAGUUAUCAUCAUCCUGGAUCCCUGAGCUUUCACCCUAUCGAGUUCGAAAAGUAUCAUGGUAUGAUGCUGGAUCUGGUCAGAUUACGCUGAUACCGGUCUCAGAAUGCCCAGUUGGAUCCAAGAAGUUAGAUGAUGAUGAAUCUACAGAGCCAGAUAACUCCCUUCGCAAAGAAGAUGAAGAGGUGGAGAUUGAUUUCUAUUCACUUGUUGAUGUCCGUAUAGUAAAAGGUGGCAGUUCAGGACCAAUAAAUUUAGCUCCUAGUUUUGUAAAUGGAAGUCCCGUGGGCAAUAAAAGUGCUGCAAUUACUGUAUCGUCAAGCAGUAAUAAUAAACAAACAGUUGUCCCCAGCCAAGAGAACGAAGGAGCAAACAACGGUAAACAAACACAAGCUCCUGAAGCAGAGAGGGGUGGUGUAAGCGCUUGGGACAUAUUUUUGACUGAAACUUUACCUGCCGCGGAGGAACAAUCAUCAGAUAAAAAUAGCUGGGGCAAGAGUGCCAAGGUACAACAUUUUGCCAAUACUGUACAACCACAGCACGAAGAUGGCUGGACCAAGAAUGCCAAGAUACAUUCAACAUGGGAACGUAGCUGGGGCAAAAAUACCAAGUCGGUACAACCACAGCAUGAAAAUAGCUGGGCUAAGAAUGCCAAGAAGGUACAACCACCAGGGGAAAAUAGUUGGGGCAAGCAGAAUACAGGCCGAAAACCAUGGUCAUUUAAAAGUUCAAGAGGUGGUGCACAUGGCUCAACUAUGCCUAGAUGGAAGAAUGGGAACUAG